AUGAGGGACCUCUGUAUGCUCGACUACCAUACUAUACAUAAUGGGAUGCUUGCAGCCUUUGCGGAGAGAUGGCAUCCUGAGACUUCCUCAUUUCAUCUACCCCACGGUGAGAUUACCAUCAUCCUAGAUGAUGUGGCAUGCCUACUUCAUCUACCUAUCAGGGGUACCCUGUUUCAUCAUGAUAGGAUAACGAAGGAGGAAGCUCAGGAGAUGCUAAUUGCUGAGCUGGGGGCUGAUCCGAAUGACGCCCUUGAGGAGGUGCAGAGGAUACGAGGGGCCCACGUCAGGUUUAGCUUCUUGCAAAGACAGUAUGUUGCGCAACUCAUUGCGGCACAUAGAGAGCAGGCGCUGAGAUGCUACUUCCUAUAUUUGAUAGGCGCUCAGCUCUUUGUGGACACGAGCUCGUCGUACAUAGACAUUGUCUACCUGACGUACUUAUCGGAUAUAACACAUAUCCAUGAGUACAACUGGGGAGCGACUACAUUAUUGGUCAGGGGAGAGGUGCCUACCUACACGGAGGUCAUGUCGCGUGCUAGUGCUUUUACCCCCCUUAGAGGGAACCAGGUGUCGGAUCCCUACAGGAGCAGUCUUGACCGCAUGGCUGCCGAGGACAUCAAGUACUACUGA